AACGAGUGCGUAGUAAUUCAUAUAAAGUUGAUAUAAAGUAUCAAAAAGGCUUCUAUAGUGGCUGGCUGACAGGACACAAGGCAGGAAAUGAGCACGUCACAAGCUUAAGUCAGCCACCAUCGGUUUGCAAUGGAGGACUCCAUUGAAGUGAUUCUGCAGGACGAUUGCAGGAGCUGUUCUACAAACAGACACCAUCCCGUCGUGUCGGCCUGCACAGGUGUUCUGCUCACAGGCCUGUACGGAGUGUGGAGCCUGUUUGCUGUGCCUGGGUUCCGCAAAGUCCCCUGCAACCUCAAGGUGCCAUAUUUGCCCUCCAGUAAAGGUCAGACACUGAACAUUAUGCAUCUGCUCAAGGGACGAACGGGUCGCUUAGCAGAUCUGGGAUCAGGAGAUGGAAGACUGGUGUUUGCGGCUUCUUCUGCUGGCUUCCAGUGCACAGGGUUUGAGAUUAACUCUAUUUUAGUGGCCUAUGCCAGGAGCAAGGCCCACUGGAAGGGAGUGCCCUCCGGCCAUGCAACCUUUGUUAAAGACGACUUCUGGAAGACUGAUUUAUCUACAUACAACAAUGUGACAGCAUUCCUUGCUCCAGGAGUGAUGGAGGUCCUGGGUGAGAAGCUUUUGAAAGAGCUUCCAGAUGAUGCUUAUGUCAUUGCUUGUCGUUUUCCUUUCCCCAACUGGCCACAACAAUCCUCUGUCGGCUCCGGUCUUGACCAGGCUUUUGCUUAUAAUAUGAGCACUGUGCGCUCAUUCAUGAGAGAUGUGCCAAAAACAUUGGUGUAAGCCACUGUCUCAGGGUUAUUUUUUUUCUUUCACUUGUCACUCUCAACUGCACUGAGGCAUUUUUUCCCCCUUCUGUUUCUUAGACCACAAAUUAACAUAAAAAUAGAGAUGAGAAAACACAUUAUUAUCAGAUAAUCAUAAAUAAUUUGAGCAAAGGAACUGCUGAGCAACGAUCACAAAUGAUCCUUUGGAAAGAUGUCUUUAAACAUUGCAAGGAUGAGAGGGACUCUGACUAAGCAAGAUGUCAGGAUGAUUUUAACAUCACUGAUCCCCUGCAGUAGUUGUUCAAGAGCAAAGCCAGAACAAACUGAGUCUUUGCCAUCCUGCUGGCAAUCUAACAAAAUUAUCCAGAAUACAGCUGCAGAUCUUUUUCUAAGAGCUACUCAUUUUACUUCCACAUCAACAUUAAUCAACCAAAGCAUGCUUGGAGUGAGGUCAAUGUAUUUGUAUGUUAUUCAGUAGUGUUGUCCUACAUUGGUUAUUGGAGGUUAUAGAUAGAAUUAUUUGUUUGUUUAGUUGUUCUUCAAGGAAAACAGCUCAAGGCUAUUCUGAGAUGCAUUCCUCGUCUCCUAGACAAUCCGGCUAGACACAAAGAUAUUUUUAUGUUGUGGGCAGUCGAGAAUAAUGGCCUGUUUCACCUGAUGCUUCUCGGUCAUAUGGAAUAUGUAACCGGGUAGAGAAAUAGACUCCUCAGUCUGAGAACCAUGAAUACAUGUGUCAUCCUCUGCUUGCUUGUAAGUGGUCAGACAAGAGAUUUCAAUCUGAUAUGCUGUAGUCAAGGCCAUUUGAAAAUGAAAAACAAGAUUUGUUUUUGAUUCAUAUUAAAAUUUUAAUAACUUAGAGAGAUAAGCAUCCUGAACAUUUUUAGCAUGUUCUCAUAAAUGUCUGGCUGUGAUUUUAUUUGAAUAGAGAUGCAGAGUAAAGAUUUCUCAACAUCUUUGUUAAGAUAACAAAUUUGUGCAGUUUUGAUGGAGAAAUCUCUCAGUAUUGCAUAUAACUGAAACUGUCUCAGUGUAGCACUCGCAGUGCUACACUGAGACAUUAUUAUUAUUUUUUAACAGUUCAGAGGUCAUUGAAAUACACUAGAACACAAAACUUCCAAUGCAUUGCCACCUCUACAACCUUUUCACUCAUAUUACCGCUGAGACUCCUCUAAACACAUGGAUGGAUUACUGCACGGAUCUACUGGGCACAGACACAGGCCCAAAGUGUCAGGGCCCUCCAUAGCUUUCACCUACAAAAUGUCACUGAAAUACACCAACCAGAAAGAGACUCAAAGUGACCACAGAGAAACAUAAUAUGAGUAAAAAGAGACUGAAGGUGCUACAAAGAGAUACAAAACAGUGCAAAAAGACUCACAAUGACUAUGACUAAGAGACACAACAUUAUUACAAGGGGCAAAAAUAACAAUCCACAUAAAAUGGGCUAAACAACUAUAAGGUCUGUGUGUCUUGUUUCUAUGU